AGUCCUGUGUUUCCCGUGCUAAAGUUUCCAAGUACUAGGACGACAGCCUUAUCACCAGAUUUAAUUGCCUUGUUGCGUGCAAACUUGCUACGACUGGAAUGGAGCCUCAGCAUAUAGUUUCCAUUGAUGAGAUCGAGUUUCACUCAAGGAAGAUUGUCAAUAUAGAAGCCGGAGAAGGAAGCAGCAGCCACGACCAGCCUGCCACUACCAGGGAGAAAAGAAUUAAAACGUUGAUGGACGCAGAAGCCGAAAUGAAAGCGGUGCAAGAGGCAAAAAUACAAAAGGUUAUAUUCUUGCUGCGAGAUCACAAGCAUUUCGUUAAGUACUUUGAGCCAAGAGUGGCAUCACUCGGUCCUAUCCAUCACGGCAAGCCAAAGUACGAGCUAGGAGAGAAGUACAAGCGUAUAUUGGCGUAUAAGUUCAUCCAAGGUUGCUGCGGCGCCUACGAUGAAAAUAAUUUUUAUGAGCACAUAAAUUGUUUAUACGAGAAGAUUAAGAAGGAAAUCAAGGAUCUGAGGGAAUGCUUCGAGGAGAAGGUGACGACGGAGUAUGAUGAUGAGUCCCUUGCCUGGAUUUUGUUCGUGGACGGCUGCGCAAUACUACAGUACAUAUUCUGGGCUGCAAAUGACAAGUUCAAAGACUUUCAUAUAAAAAUCGACAGUGCAGCCUUUGCUCAACAGGAUUUGUUCUUGCUGGAGAACCAAGUUCCCUAUCGUCUCCUCAAGUCAUUGAUGAGCUCGAGCGGGAAGGAAAACGAGUUGAGAAGAUCGAUUGAUAAUUUCAUUCGAAACGUUACUUAUCAGCAAACGGAGUCGCAAGAAAAGGUUAACGAAGAAAGAGAGCCCACCCAUCUUCUUGACCUUCUGAGAACAAAACUCUUGGGUCCUCUUACGCAAUCCUCCAUACCCAUAGGUCCCAAACCAUCCUCUAGAAAGAUGUGUAGAAAGAAAAAAGAUCAGGACCAAGAUUGGCAAUUGUAUCGCAACGUGCAGGAGCUUAAAGCAGCAGGAAUCCAAUUGAAAUGUGGUGAUAGUCAUUGCUUGAAAAACAUAAGUUUCGGAAGACGAUCUGGUAGUUCGUACACCAGAUACCUUUGGCUUCCUCCAAUUACAGUGGAUGACUCAACAGGCCCCAAGUUCAUGAACUUGAUAGCUUACGAAUGGUGUCCGGAUUUCGAGAAUGACUGCGGCAUCACCUCUUAUGUAUCCUUCCUAGAUUCACUCAUCAAUGAACCCGGCGACGUCAAAGAUCUGAAGAAGGCACACGUCCUCCGCAACGUCCUCGGCAAGGAUCAAGAAGUGGCUGAGCUCUUCAAUGAGAUAGGCACCGACUUGGUGCCUAACCCCGAAACUUAUAAGGAUGUCAAGAUCCAGAUUCAGGCCUACUGCAAAAACAACAUAUCUUAUAUUCUUUUUAAGUUGAAGACCUGGAUAGCUGAGGUCAUUCGCGUCCAUUUCAGCAGCCCUUGGGCAAUCGUGGGUUUGCUUGCCGCAUCAUCAGCACUUGUUCUAACCGCCAUCCAGACUUGGUACACAGUCUACUCUCCCCCUGGCCCUUGCGAUGAUUUUUGCCUGCAUAGACCCUAACACGAAUUUCAUAUGAGAUCACAAAAGGUACUGAAAACCUGUUUGCCUUUUAUCUUUCCGGCCAAGUGCAUGCAUCCACCAUAUUGUAUGAAUCUCAUUUUGUUGUCUCCAAAUAAUUAAAC